GGUUGUGUUUACUGCAGCAAACUUCCGGUGUGUUACGCGGAGUCUUAAAAAUACAAAAGUGAAAGAAAAAAGCGACAAAAAGAAGAGCAUGGCUCCAGCUUGGUCUGCGCCCAGGGAUGAGCUCUCCUGUCCGAUUUGCCAUGAUAUCUUCAGAGACCCGAUUCUUCUCCGCUGCAGCCACAGCUUCUGCAACGUGUGCGUGCAGAAAUGGUGGGGGACGAAACUGAAUCGCCCGUGUCCAAUUUGCAAGACGGUGUCUUUCACCAAAGUGCCGCCUCGCAACCUCGUGCUGAAGAACCUGUGCGAGGCCUUUCUGCUGGAGGUGGAAUCCGGGCUCGUGUGCCGCCUGCACGCGGAGCCGCUCAAGCUCUUCUGCCUGGACCACCGGGCGCCCGUCUGCGUCGUCUGCAGAGACUCGAGACUGCACACGAACCACCGUUUUACCCCCGUGGACGAAGCCGCGGAGUCGUACAGAGACGAUCUGCGGGAAUACGUGGGCCAGUCACGGGAGAAAGUGAAACUCUUUACUGACGUGAAACUUGAGUUGGAAAAAUUGGAUGAUGCCAUUCACAGUAAAGCUUGGGGCACAGAGAUGAUCAUAAUACAAGAGUUCAGCGUGCUUCAGGACUUUCUAAAUCUGGAAAAAGAGCUCAGGAUCCACGCACUGAAGGAAGAAGAGACGCGUAAAAGACACGUGAUCAAGGAAAAGAUUGCAGGUCUGACCGGUGAGGUAAUCGCCCUGGAAAGCACCAUCAAAACCAUAGAGGACGGGCUGAGAGAUGACGACACCUCACUCCUCCUUAACGUCAACGCUUUAACCAGAGCAGCUGAGCGCCCCCUGCCGGACGACCCGGAGCGGGUCACGGUGGCCCGGAUCGACGUGGCCAAACACCUGGGGAACAUGACCUUCAACGUGUGGUGCAAGAUGAAACAGAUCGUGUCGUACACCCCUGUGAUCCUGAACCCUGACACUGCCCACCCAGAGCUGCUGCUGUCUGAAGGUUUGACCAGGGCGAGGUGCAGACCACAACCGCCUCUCGAUGCGACCCCGGAGAGGAUAGAGGGCCACCGCAGCGUCCUGGGCUCUGAGGGCUUCACCUCGGGGAGCCACUGCUGGGACGUGGAGGUCGGGAGCAACCGCGUGUGGGCUCUGGGGGUCAUGGCACCGGAUGCCCAGAAGACCGGGAACAUCACCUCUGGGUUGUGGAUGGUGAGGUUCUGUAAAGGUAAAUUGUCUGCGUUCUCCCCGUCAUGCCAAGUGUCUGUCCUCCCACUGAAGAAACCCCUUAAGAGGGUCAGAGUGCAGCUGGACUGGGACAGAGGGACGCUGUCCGUCCUCGAUCGAGACACUAACGCACUCAUUCAUACCUUCACGCACACGUUCACCGACAGGCUGUUCCCGUACAUCAACACCUGGGAUACCCACCCAAUGAAGAUACUGCCAGCGGAUCUCACCGUGAUGCUAACACGGCCGGUGGACAAUCACCAGAUCAAAGCGGUUUGGUGAGGAACCUGCUCGCCACCCAGCUGUCAAAAGAAAGAGGAGACUAUCACUCAAUGUUUGCAUUUGUUUUUCUUAUUUAUCUCAAGCCAGGGAACUUGUUGUUUUGUCUCUGUGGGGAUCACGACUGAAGCACAAAAGUAUAGGGAUAGUCAAAUUAAUGAAGAUUGUGAAAACUGAACACAACCUGAAUGUACACCUGCAAAUACAUGUGGGUCUAGAAUGAAGCAGUGCUGGGAACAUUGAGUUAUAUACAUUGUAUGUUUAUAGAUUUGUGCAAUGUAAAAUAUACAAAAAAAAAAACCUGAAAUUGUUACGCAAAACUUCGAAAAAUACAAAUGGUCUUAACAAUGAUGACGCUUGUGUGCUGGGGCCUUUUCCAGCCACAUGGUAGCAGGGCUUUGCUCCAUUUUCAAGUUGCGUAUUUGGCAGCUUUGUUGCUGUUUUUGUGUUUGUAUUUUUCUUCAUCUUGCACUUUGUUACGGUAGCAUCAGGGCGGUGGCGUGGUGGUCACAUACUGCUGCGUUCAACAAUGAAGUUUUGAUUGUUCACAUCUUCAUUUUUUUUUAGCAUUUAUCUGCCACAUGUUUGGAGUGCCUUUGUUGUAGCUAAUUGCCAUUCAUCUGUAAAAAGAGAACAGAUUUAUUCCUAUUUAUUUUUUAUUUUUAUUUUUUUUUUAUCAAACAAGAGAUAUAGUUUUUUUUUUUCUCUAGGUGGGGUCAUCAGUGCUGAUAAAUACAGUAUAUGCAACAUGGGCACAACAGAAUGUACACAUGGAAAUGAUAUACAUGUAGGCCUAGAUUGCAGCGGUAUUGGGAACAAUUAAUGAUGGAAAUGUGUAUGUUCAGAGAUGUGUGCAAUUUAAAAUGUACUAAAAACUGUAGUGUCAGUAACUGAGAAUGUUAUGCAAAACUGCAUGAAUACGAGUGGUCUUAAAUAUGAUCAUGAUUGUGAACUGACCAAGCUACACCGGGGACCUUUUCUCCCUAACCAAACGGUCGCAGGGAGUGACUCAAAUUUGAAUUUAGUUGUGUUUUGUGUUUGUAUUUUUCUUUGUUUGUUACGGUACCAUCAGGGCAGCGGUACCGUGGUGGUCACAUAUUGUUCUAUUGAACAGUUAAGUUUUUCAUUUAUCUGCCACGCUGUUAAAGUGCCUUUUGUUAUAAACACUGCCUUUAUAUGCAACUUUGUAAGUGUAUAAAAAGAUUACACGUUUUUUUUUGUUUUUUUUUAUAAAGUAAAACAAUAAAACACUUUGAAACUCUGAAAAAGAUGUGUGAACUUAUAAUACAUUUCAUCAGGAUGUGUGAAGGUCGACAUCUUAACAGGUGAAAUCUGCUAUUGCUCUAUAACAAAUCAUUGCAGACAUAUUUCCAGUGUUUAUCAAUCAUACAUCCAUCAUUGAUCUGUGGUUUAAAUGGAAAGCUCUUAGCCUGGCUAAGUACGGUUCAUGUUGUACAACUCAGUCGCUCUUUAUUUAGUUUCUGUGUU